AUGGUCAUAACCAUGAUCGCAAAGAAACUAGACUGUAAUAUAAUUGUUUUGAAUUACAAAAGCGACACUGACGUGUCAAUUUUCAGAGUUUGUUUGACCAGGAUGUUCGAUGACGAAAGAGUGAACAAGUUCCAGACGGUGCUGGUGAUGAACACCGGACAGCUGCUGCUCCACCCUAGCGUGUGCACGAGCGUCAGCCUGUACCACAUCGGCUCCGUCAUGGUCACUAGCACCAGCCAGAAGGCCGCGAACUGCAGCGGGAAGGCCCUCCACCUACACAAUGUCACAGUAGAUCAGAUCCCGCCUUAUCUGGAGAUGAUCAGUCUGGAAAACUCGCGACUCACGGGAACUUUCCUCUCGCAACCCUACCUGAAGAAGGUCAAGGUGGUCAACUCGUGGCUGAGGCACUUCGACCUGGACACCGCCAUGAGCGGAGCUUCUGAGGUGCGGCUGCAUAGGACCAACAUCACGACGCUCAACAGACUCCACAUGGCUGGCCGAUCCAAGCUCUUCAUAACGGAUUCGACGGUCCAAGAAGUGUCCGAAAAUGCUAUAAAUUUCUUUGAAAACGCCAGCGUUGAGGUAAUGCGCUCAGUGUUUCAAGACGAUUCUACCGAAAUUGUAGUUCAUAACUACAAGAUAGGCAUAGUAAUAGCCAAUAUUACCGGAUCGUGGAGAAUCAAGUAUAGUGUAGGGACCUCAGGAACUCAUGGAACAACUGUUAAUAAAUACUUCUCAGAUGGAAAGCAGAAUGAUUUUCCCUUACAAGUUCUCUUAGGUGUGUUGGUUGUGCUGCUUGCGAUAAGCGUUUCCUACAACUGCUAUACCUGGAAGCCUUAAUGGAAGCGUAGGGAGAUCCUGAGCCAAGAUUGUAAAUAGUGAUAAAUAAAUAGCCAAUUAUCAGAGAAAAUAAUUAAAAAUAUAAACAAUGCAGUUAUCGAUUUUUUUUACUGUAUAUUCAGAAUAGAAAUAGCUUCCAUGUAAAGGGAAUUUCGAAGCAUUUGUAAUUCUAAAGAUUAUACCA